GACAUGUCCUCUUGUCCUUAGUUUCUGCCGUUUAAGACAUACUUUUCUUAGGGUAGAAGUGGCCGAUUCUGUUACGUCUGCGUGUAAGCGCCUCCCUUCCACCUUUCUCCGGACGUGAGUUUCCAGAUUUUGUCUGGCUUAUAGAUUCAUUGUUCCAGGUUUCUCGGAACCCUAAUUUCUCAGUUUCUUCACCAUAUCUCGCCUCCGUUGUUCUAUUCGCGCCAUUCGUAGUUCAGGGCCUUCUCGAUUUGCUCCACGGGCGUAUCCCCACAUGGCGACGGAGGCUACCGCCGCCGCCAAAUUCCAGGAAUCUGAUCUCCGACCGAUCCCUCAACCGCCGGAUUUUCAUCCGGAGGUCGUCGUUCCCGCCCAUGACGGUCUCCGUUUCUGGCAGUUCAUGAUCGCCGGUUCGAUUGCUGGCUCCGUCGAACACAUGGCGAUGUUUCCCGUUGACACCGUCAAGACCCAUAUGCAGGCUCUCCGGUCCUGUCCGAUCAAACCGGUCGGAGUCCGGCAGGCCUUCCGGUCGAUUAUCCAAACGGAGGGACCGUCGGCGCUGUACCGCGGCAUAUGGGCCAUGGGUCUCGGCGCCGGACCCGCUCACGCCGUUUAUUUCUCCGUGUACGAGACCUCAAAGAAGUACUUCUCAGGGGGGAAUCCGAACAACUCCGCAGCUCACGCGAUCUCCGGCGUGUUCGCCACCGUAUCGAGCGAUGCCGUUUUCACGCCCAUGGAUAUGGUGAAGCAGAGGCUGCAGAUAGGAAACGGGACGUACAAGGGCGUGUGGGACUGCGUGAAGAGGGUAAUGCGCGAGGAAGGUGUCGGAGCUUUCUACGCGUCGUACAGGACGACGGUUUUGAUGAACGCGCCGUUCACGGCGGUGCACUUCGCCACUUACGAGGCGGCCAAGAGGGGAUUGAUGGAGAUAUCACCAGAAAGCGUCAACGAUGAGGGAUGGCUGGUCCAUGCCACGGCUGGUGCCGCCGCGGGAGGGUUAGCUGCUGCUGUGACCACUCCCCUUGACGUGGUCAAGACACAGCUGCAGUGUCAGGGUGUUUGUGGCGGUUCGAUCAGAGAUGUGGUGAGAACAAUCGUGGAGAAAGAUGGGUACAGAGGGCUUGUAAGGGGAUGGAUCCCGAGAAUGCUCUUCCAUGCUCCGGCUGCUGCUAUCUGUUGGUCCACUUACGAGGCCGUCAAAUCCUUCUUCCAUCAUCUUAAUGGCUCUUCUUCUUCUUCUUCCAUGCCCUGAACCUCUCAUAUUAAACACCAUGAAACUCAAGCCAGUCCAUCUCAGUAGCUGCUACACAGAGACAGAGAUCUAUCUUCUUCAGCUCAAAUGGGGAUUCAUUUGUAAAAUUCUUGCAAGGGUUUCAAUAAUGUUAUGCAAUAGAGAUUAGAGCCCCUGGGUGGGUUCAUUUCUUGAUCCACUGUUGCUUUCAAAGAUCUACUAUAGUUUAGUUCCUGUCCGAAAGUUUUGUACUUUUUCUUCAUUGUACAAGGAUAUACAAGUUACAAAAUUUGCUGAGUUAAAGAAGAUUCACUCGGAUUAA